AUGAUUUUGGAAGAGUGCCAAUGUAUGGAUCCACGGUAUCCAGUGGCCCCAGGUGCAAUAACAUGCGAACUCGCAAAAAGAUCAUGCAUUGACGAAGCUGUCGCCAAACAUGGAGAUCCCUCGACUUGGGACUCCUGUGUCUGUCCCUUGCCAUGUACCAACCAACAGUACUCUGUCGAGUGGCAUCGAACUCAAUCCGCUUCGGAGGCAGUACGAUGCAUGAAUUCGUCUAUAAAUGACUGUGAAGCUCUUGCACAAGAUGACGUUUUAAUCACCGUUACUUUACCUCGCUUGGAGUACCAGGUGUUUGGAGAAACUCCGACUAUGGACGUAAGUAACAUU